AUGCCAAUCAUCAAGAUCUUAGAGAAGUUACGUGAUGAUGAUGAAAAGUUACGUGACGAUGAGAGGAUAACCCAACCUGUCGUUAUCAUCAGACCAUUCAAGGCCCUGAUUUACCAUGAACCAAAAAUCCGAGAUUGGUACAAGAAGCUGGUUGAAAAGUAUAAUCACAAGAGCACGAAAGAAGACAGCGAUGGAGAAGCUUCCGACUCCGAGGAAGUUGAUGAGAGUGUGUCUGAAUUCGGGGAUGAAGAGGGAAGCAUCGACUCAUCUCUUACGGAUGAUUCUGACGUAAACUCUGAAGCAGCUCUCCAGCAGGUGCAAUGCUUAAUCGACUUCAUGGACACUGAAUUGGAUGUUAAGCUUAAAUAUCUGAAGAGCCCGAACUGCAAAAGAGUUACUUUUAGUGAUAUAUGGCUCCUAUUUAAGCCUGGCGACUUCGUCAUCGGUCAGAACGAACGACAAGCUUAUCAGGUAAUCAUUGUAACCAGCACCGGACACAGGGCGACCAGCCCAUAUCGAAACUACCUCGACGAGACUAAGAAGGUGGAAGAGACUGCUAUUCGAAUUCUCUGCGUGCAUGUGGACUUCGAUGGUAAAGCACUUGGACCGGUGGCAAAGGUUUUCACUAUUAAAAGAUUUGAGGGAGAGAGGACCGCUAUUUCUUUAGAGAUAUACCCUUUCAGUUUUGCCAGGGAUCCAAACCUACAGCAGAAGCUCAUUAAGAGAGGGAAAAUAUUCCUCGAAGUGGCAGCAAUUAAGCAUAUGCAUUACGCUGGGCUGACGCUUGAAACAAGAGAUGAAGUUGACAGUCAGGUGGUCAUUGACUUUGAGGAGGCAUUUACGAAACACAAGAGCUGGAAGCCCAGAGUUGACCAAACGAUAUCGAUGCGCAAUGAUUAUGAGAUCGAAUCUUGCCGUGAGGAAUGUUGCAUUGACGACUGUAUUCACGACGAUGCUUACGUGGAGAAAGAACGAAAUGAUGAAUUCAGAGACAGUUUGUUCCCGCCUGCAUGGACUUUGUCUAAGAUGCCGUCCGUCGCUAUAUUUCCUCGCCCUCUAAAAGAAUGCCAAACGGAGGAGAACAAGAUAUCUGAUGCCGAACUUCUGAUUAUGUCGUAUCGUGUCUUUGGAUUCCUCCUCCGUAGUCGAAGAUGGGCAAAGCUGGAUCUCACAUAUUUGAAGCCAAUUGAUAUCCAAACAAUUGAAGACGGUGAGAAGACGAAUAAGAAAAACUCGGAGGACGAGAAGUCGAAAAUUCCCUUCGACCAACUGGUCAUCCCAGACGAACAUAAAAGGAUGGUUCUGUCUCUCAUUGCCCAACAUUUUCGAGACAAAGAGUCGGCGAGCUUGGAUAAUGAUCAGGCUGAUAUUGUUCGUGGCAAAGGAAAGGGCCUGAUCCUCCUCCUCCACGGUGCCCCCGGCGUUGGUAAAACCACCACAGCAGAAUGCGUGGCACAGCUUUUCAGAAAGCCACUGUUUCAGAUAACUUGUGGUGAUCUCGGAACAACUGCGAAGGAGGUGGAAGGCACCUUGGAGAGAAACUUCGAACUAGCAAAUAGAUGGGGCUGCAUCUUGCUCCUCGAUGAAGCGGACGUGUUCUUAGCCAAACGAACCACCUUGGACUUUGUGCGGAACGGUCUUGUUGCAGUAUUUCUUCGUGUCUUAGAAUACUACGCUGGUAUUCUAUUUCUUACCACCAAUCGAGUAGGUGACUUCGAUGAAGCUUUUACAUCUCGAAUCCAUAUCAGCCUCGAGUACAAACCACUGGAUGAAGAUCAGACCCGGAAGGUUUUCAGAGUCAACCUCGAUCGAAUUGAAGAGCGAUUCAAAAGGAAGGAAAGAAAACUUAAGAUGGAUGACAAUAUCCCUAUUUAUGUAACGGAUUAUUGGCGUGGCCACCCGAAAGCGAGAUGGAAUGGACGACAAAUUCGGAAUGCCUGCCAGACGGCCUUAGCCCUGGCAGAAUUCGAAGCACAAGGGGGCCAACACGAUGCUAUCAUUGACCCAGACGCUGUUAUCAGCCUUGACGUCAAGCACUUCAAACUGGUCGCAAAAGCAUACCUCAACUUUAUCGAAUAUCUCAAAUCCAUCUACAAGAUAUACGCAGAUGAAAAGGCUGCCGAGGAUCUCAUACGGGCC